UCAAAACCCUUCUGAAUUAGUUUUUUCUUCUUCUGUCCUUUCACUGGCAGAUUUGAGUCUGCAGCUUUGAUUUGACAACACUCUGAUGUCUGCAGUGGUGGCCCAGUGCCACUACAGCUUUGGUUUGCAGAGGGGCGUGGCCAAUAACCUGUUCUACUUUGAUGAGCAGACUGUCAUCUUCCCAUCCGGGAACAACUGUGUUCGUUAUAACAUUGAUCAGAAAUGGCAGAGGUUCAUCCCAGGUUUGGAGAGGAGUCAGGGAAUGUAUGCCCUGGCUAUCAGCUCAAACCGCCGCUACCUGGCGGUGUCGGAGCGUGGAGAGAGGGCCACCAUUACGGUGUACGACCUGCAGCACGAGCAGAGCCGGAAGAGGAAGGUGCUGAAUGGAGGGGACAUCCAUGUCCAGGAGUUUGUCUCCAUGGCCUUCUCCACCGACUCCAAGUACUUCAUUGGCCAAUCAGGAGCGCCAGACUACACCCUCUUCUACUGGAUGUGGGAGAAGCAGAAGGUCAUGGCCAUGGUGAAGACCACUGUGGCCACUAAUCCAGUCAACCAGGUCAGCUUGAACCCAUACGACAACACCCAGAUCUGUGUGAGUGGGAAUGGGGUCUUCAAGCUGUUCCGCUAUGCAGAGGGGGUUCUGAAGCAGUCCGCCUUCCAUAAGCAAGAGACCCAUAACUUCCUAUCCCAUGCCUGGAUGUCUGAGGAGAGGGUGAUUGCAGGGACAGAAGCUGGGAGGCUGAUGGUGUUUGAGUCUGGAGACCUCCGAUGGGACAUGAGUGUGACCACCAAGACCACCAUGUCACAGGACCCAGACAGUGCAGAGGGAAAUUAUGAAGAGACCCCUCAGUUGCCACGGGUUACGGUCAUCACAGCUUACUCGAAAGGCUUUGCCUGCUCGGCCGGUCCUGGGACCGUGUAUCUGUUUGAGAGAACCGACGACAAGGACAACUACAGGAAGACCAGGGAGAUCAGGAUCCCCCCAGACCAGUGCAGUCACGAGCCCAGCCAUGCAGAGCAGCAGCAGAUCGUCUCUCUGGUCAUCAGUCCAUCAGAGGAGACAGUAGUGACCAGCACAGAUCGUGGUCAGCUCUACAGUAUCACCCUGUCCUCUGCUGAGAUGAGCAAGGGGGAGCAGGUCCAGUUUGAGUUCCUGUCCCACUCUUUCCACUCUGGGCCUAUCACCGGCCUGUCCGUCUGCAUCCGCAAGCCCAUCAUCGCCACCUGCUCCCUGGACCAGUCUGUACGCAUCUGGAACGUUGAGACCAACACCCUCGAGCUGUAUAAGGAGUUCCAGGAGGAGGCGUUCAGCAUCGCCCUCCACCCGUUUGGCCUGUUUGUCAUGGUGGGCUUCUCUGACAAGCUGCGACUCAUGAACUUGCUCAUAGACGACGUCAGGACCUUCAAGGAGUUCACCGUGCGAGCCUGUAGAGAGUGUGCCUUCAGUCACGGAGGACACCUGUUUGCUGCGGUCAAUGGAAACAUCAUCCACAUCUACUCCACCACCACGUUCGAGAACGUCCUCAACCUCAAAGGACACAAUGGGAAGGUGCGCUCCAUAGCCUGGAGUGGUGACGACAGCAGGCUGGUGUCGUGUGGUAUGGAGGGGGCUGUGUACGAGUGGAACACCCUGACCAGCAAGCGGGAGUCGGAGAGCGUCCUCAAGUCCUGCAGCUACACCAGCGUCACCAUCUCCCCUGAUGCCAAGACUAUCUUUGCCGUGGGGACCGACUGUACCCUGAAAGAGAUCCAGGCCUGUCAAAUCCUACGUGAAGUGCCCGCUGAAGAUGUGGCUUACACCACCAUCGCUAUGUCCCGUUCUGGGCGCACGCUCUUCACUGGGACCUCCAUCGGAACCAUCAGGGCCAUCAAGUACCCCCUGUCCACCCAGAAGGACUGGAUCGAGUACCAGGCCCACUCUUCACCUGUCACCAAGAUGGUGAUCACUUUUGAUGACCAGUACCUACUGACGGUUUCUGAGGACGGCUGUCUGCUCAUCUGGAAGAUCAUAGACAAGGAGGGCCGCGGCCUGAAGAGAGACAAGGAGAUCACCUACGCUGAGGAGAUCCUCAUCACCAAGUCAGACCUGGAGGAGAAGAACCAGGUGAUGUUAGAGCUGAAGACACGUGUGGAGGAGCUGAAGAUGGAGAAUGAGUACCAGCUCCGUCUGAAGGACAUGAACUACAACGAAAAGACCAAGGAGCUGUCAACUACGUUUGUUCGGCAGAUGGAGUCGCUCAAGACCAACAUACAGAUCCUGAAGACAGAGAGAGACAAUAUGGAGGUAGCUAAUCAGGAGACCAUGUUCGAGGUCAUGGAGAAACACUCCAAAGAGCUGCAGGAUAUGGAAUCGGCCAACAGUCAGAAGUUGAUGCUGGAAUAUGAGAAGUACCAGGAGCUGCAGUUCAAGUCUCAGCAGAUGCAGCAGGACUACGAAAAGCAGCUGCAGCAGAUGGACGAGAGCAAGACUGCUGCCCUGGAGGAGCUCACCCUCUACUACGAGGGAAAGAUGCAGGAGAAACUACUGGUGCUGGAGCAGUGCCAGGAGGAGUCUCGUAUCCAGGCGAGGGAGUUUGAGGAGAGCAGGAAGCAGAUGGAGGAGGAUGGGGACAGGGAGAUCCAGGACAUCAGGGUCCGCUACGAGAGGUGGCUGAGGGACGAGAGGGAGACCAACAUGCGCAUGAAGAGAGACACCGGCAUCAUGAAGAAGAAGUUCAGCAGCCUCCAGAAGGAUAUAGACAACAGCAACGUGGAGAUGGAGAGGAUGAAGUUGGAGCAGCAGAAGCUACAGGCCAUCGUCAAGUCCUUGGAAAAGGACAUCCUGGCUCUGAAGAAAGCGAUCCAGGAGAGGGACGAGACCAUCCAAGACAAGGAGAAACGCAUCUAUGAUCUGAAGAAGAAGAACCAGGAGCUGGAGAAGUUUAAAUUUGUCCUGGACUACAAGAUCAAAGAGCUGAAGAAACAAAUAGAGCCCAGAGAGAAUGAUAUCAAGGAGAUGAAGGAGCAGAUCCACGAGAUGGAGGAGGAGCUGGAUACCUUCCACAAGAAGAACACUCAGGGGGAGCUGGACAUCGCUGAGCUGAAGCUCAAACUCACCACCACUGACAAGGAAAUGCACAAGGGCCUGCAGAAGGUGAGAGAUGUGGAGGCCCUGGUACGCAGGUUCAAGACGGACCUCCAUAACUGUGUGGGGUUCAUCCAAGAGCCCAAGAGGCUGAAGGAGAGCAUCAGAGACCUGUACGACCGCUACGCACAGCAGAGUGACGUGCUGGAUAAAGUUAGUGUGGACCCAAACGUCCAGAGGGAGUACGCUAGGCAAAGGGACCACCUGGAGAGGAACGUGGCGUCCCUGAAGAGGAAGCUGGCCCAAGACAGCGUGGUCCACCAUGCUGACAACGUCAAGAUCAUGCAGGAGAACGUGACUCUGAUCAGUGAGGUCAACGACCUGCGGCGGCAGCUGCAUCUGGCGCGCUCCCAGGUCCAUGACUACAAGAGUCUGAUGGGAAAGAAGGGCUUGAAGCAGACCAACACACUCAAAGCCCUGCUGUCUCCUAGGGCCAACCCCAGUAACAUGGUGGUCCGUCUGAAUGAGGAGGACGAAGGGGACCGCAUCAUCCAGCUGCAGCGCCUAGAGAUCCAGAGACUGAAAGAGGAGAUACAUGUCCUGAUGAAGAUACACCCCUACAGACCCCCCUCCACCGCCAAGCUACCCUCCCUCCAAACCAACACAUAACCACCACCACCACCCCUACAGACCCCAUCCACCGCCAAGCUACCCUCCCUCCAAACCAAUACAUAACCACCACCACCACCCCUACAGACCCCAUCCAGACCCCAUCCAUGGCAUUUUCUUUUUAAAGCAACUUGGAAAUAAAAAGUAGAACAAUUCCUA